AUGUUAUUUCGAAAACUUUUGCCAUUACUGGUAUUCGGUCUGAAGCUCCACGAUCUGAUUGCACGAUGCGGUGCAGCAGUGAUGGAAUUCGGAGUACAGUCCAUGUCCCAAGGCCAGGAACGAAGCUUGGAUGUUCUUCUUCGUACCCUCGAGAGUCAAGCCACUGAUUUGGAAGCAGAGGCGGCGAACUCAGACGAUGGCCAGUUUUACGUUGCGGCGUGUCGAACUCUGCCUGUCCAAACGGUCUUCGCCUUGAUGCUGGCUUCAGCAUGCCUCCUACGCGUACUCAAAGGCAGCGUACUGAGUGGACUAGAUGUCCAGAGAGCCAAGACGUCAUUUUUUGGUGCAAUCAAUCUAUCUCGGCAGAUGUCAGUGGAACAGAACAACCCUGCCGCGAAAAUGGCUACGAUGUUCAGUCAGCUCUGGAAUAGCACGACUGCCUUUGCAAAUCUAAUGGCAGCCAAUAUACUGCUCGUCGAAUCCGCAGCCGACUCGCUGCAAGUCUCGUAG